GUGUCUUUGGGGUCUCUCUCUCUUUUUUUUCUCCCUCUUGCAUAGGUAGUCCAUAAUGACUGUCCAUUGGUUUUAUUAUGCCUUGUCCCCCUCCCACUGGCCGGCUUCGCCCUGCCCAUGUUUUGUAUGUCUCAGUUCGUCCACCGCCUGACGUUCAAGUUCGCAGGAACGUCACGUCCGCACUUGAACUUGCAGCUCAGGGGGGCUUCACCGUACCCCCAUCACUCUCUCUUUGCGAAAAAGUCAUGAAGAGCUCCGCACAGCCCGCAGCGCGCAACGCCUCAGCCUCUGUAUGAUCCGCAGCUCCCCUUUUUUUCAGUUUGGAUGUCAGGCGCAUCAAUGAAGAUAUUUCAUUUGGAGUCUACCUUGUAGGAACGGAUUUCCCAAUGUGAACUCAGCUGAAAAGCCGCCACUAAAUCGACAUGUCUCGCCGCAAGCAAGGCAAACCCCAGCACUUGAGCAAACGGGAGUUUUCGCCUGAGCCGCUCUCGGGCAUUUUACCAGAAGAAGACUCUCAGGACUCCCCCAGGCUGGGAGUGGCUCAGGGCGAGCCCCUUAAAGGGGACCAGGACCUGCUGACCUGCGGCCAGUGCCACUCCCGCUUCCCCCUGGCAGACAUUCUGCUGUUCAUCGAACACAAGCGGAGGCAGUGUCACGGAAGCCUCUGCGCGGACAAACCCCUGGACAGGCCGCCGUCCUCCCCGCUCGCCUCGCCCCUCUCCACGUCAUCCUCACACUCGCGAACCCACCAUCAGCCUCACCCACGGAGGGUGCGGCAACCUGUGGAGGUGGCCGUUCAGGUGUCGCCGCAGGACGAGGAUUGUUUAUCUGCGCCCAUGCAAGGAAUAAUCCCCAAGCAGGAGAAUAUCACAGAUAAAGAUGAGCCCAGCAGUUACACCUGCACCACGUGCAAACAGCCCUUCACCAGUGCCUGGUUCCUGCUCCAGCAUGCCCAGAAUACCCACGGUUUCCACAUCUAUCUGGAGAGCGAGCCUGGCAGUCCCCUCACCCCCCGCGUGGCUGCUGGUCCUGGGAUGGGGGGUGACUGUGCCUCCUCCCAGCCUCCCCUGCAUGCCGUCCACUUGGCUGAUGGCAGUCCUUACAGCCUCCUGAGGAUGCCAGGCUCCGGGUCUGGCCGGGAUUCAGCGUCGACACCCCGCGAGGGACGUUACCCUCGAACACCACCACUGUUCAGCCCGCCACCGCGCCACCACCUCAGCCCCGAUGACCUGGCCUUGGCUACCCACCAUCCCAGCGCCUUUGACCGGGUGAUGAGGCUGAACUCGGUGCCACUAGAUCCCCCCCAGACCAUGGACUUCUCUCGACGACUACGUGAGCUGGCCGGCAAUGCCACCGGAGGUUCCCCACCCCUCUCCCCCAACAGGCCCAACCCUAUGCAACGGCUGCUGCAGCCAUUCCAGCCAGGUUCUAAGCCUCCAUUUUCAGCUACACCACCCCUCUCCACCUCUCAGUCACCUUCUGGCUCACGUUCCACCCCUAAUCCCAUUAACAACGCAGUCCAACCAAGCACCCCUCUCAAGGCAAAGUCUUGUGAGUUCUGCGGAAAGACCUUCAAGUUCCAGAGCAACCUUAUCGUUCACCGGCGUAGCCACACAGGGGAAAAGCCAUUCAAGUGUCACCUCUGUAACCACGCCUGCACUCAGGCCAGCAAACUGAAACGGCACAUGAAGACGCACUGUCAGAGCAAGUCUUCAGCGCUUAAUGCCAAGUCAGACGACGGCCUCUCGACUGCUAGCUCCCCUGAGCCUGGUACCAGUGAGCUGAUGGGCAGCGCCACGGAUGCUCUUAAGUCGGUGGUGGCCAAGUUCAAGAGUGAGAACAAUGGCCUUAUGCCCGAAAAUGGAGAAGAAGAGGAAGAAGAGGAGGAAGAAGAGGAAGAGGAGGAAGAAGAAGAGGAAGAAGAGGAGGAAGAAGAGGAGGAGGGGGAGGAGGAUGACAUUGAGAGUAAGCCUGGAGUUGAAGAUGAGGAAAGGAAUGAAUAUCGUUUCAGCCUGCGGCUAGAAGGCGCCCGUCACCACCAGAACAGUGACGCCCUGCACCCGCACCGCCGGAGUGUGUCCCGGGAUCCCAUAGAUGAGGACUCAGCCAUGGAGUCAGACCGGGCAGAAGAUGGAACCACUACUACCAUCAAUGGCCUGGGUCCUCUAUCCAAUGACAGCCUGUCUAGAAAGCUGUUGGGUGGAGGAGUCAGCCCUGGCUCCCUCAGUCCCUUGUCCAAGCGCAUCAAGGUGGAGAAGGACCUUGAUCCCCCAACACCUACAAUCCCCAACACGGAGAACGUUUACUCUCAGUGGCUAGCUGGCUAUGCGGCCUCCAGGCAACUCAAGGACCCUUUCAUCAACUUCACAGGUGGGGACUCCAGACAAUCGCCCUUCGCCUCCUCAUCUGAGCACUCGUCAGAAAACGGCAGCCUACGCUUUUCCACUCCACCUGGUGAGCUGGACGGGGAACGGGCUCCUUCAGGACGCAGCGGCACAGGCAGCGGGGCUAGCACUCCACACGGUGGAAGUGGAAAUGGGAGGCCGAACUCCAAGGAUGGCCGCCGCAGUGACACCUGCGAGUUUUGCGGAAAAGUGUUCAAGAACUGCAGCAAUUUGACAGUGCACCGCCGCAGUCACACGGGCGAGCGGCCCUACAAGUGUGAGCUGUGCAGCUAUGCGUGUGCCCAGAGCUCAAAGCUCACCCGCCACAUGAAGACCCAUGGACAGAUGGGCAAAGACGUGUACAAAUGUGAAAUCUGCCACAUGCCUUUUAGUGUAUACAGCACUCUGGAGAAACACAUGAAGAAGUGGCACAGCGACCGCCCUCUGCCUAAUGACAUUAAGACUGAGUAGGCAAAGAGCAGCGUGCUGGCCGCUCUCUCUCAGCUCCCCUGGCUAAAGAGCAACCCUGGCUAACUAGCCAAUAAGUGAGGGGAAAGGACAACAGGGUUAGACACCAGUACACAGUACAGCCCUGUUCUCAUCCCGACUGGAAAAGCUAGAUGCAUGAUCCAUCAUUGGGGCAAUACUCUUGCAUCAAACGUAAAACUUUUUGAGCCUUUCUAUUGUGCAAUAAUUUACACGUUUUGUAUUUUUUGUAACUGGACAGCAUGCUAGGUGUGUUUUGGCUACUUAGAGAGAAAAUUGUCCCCAGCUGGUGGGUCUGGUUGUACAUGUGUUGCUGUUGAUACUUUUGAUUUCUUCAACAUAAAAAAAAAGUUAGUUAUGAAAACCCAUGCUGCAUACAGUACAUACUGUUUUACAUAUCAUGUACAGUUUUGUGUUCAAACAUAGUGAACAGUGUCAUAUUAUCAAAACAUCGAGAAAAGCAGGGUCACACUUAAAAACGAUCUUUGUGAAAGAUUUUCCAUGCAACAUUGAGAUAAGAUAUAUAUAUAUAUAAAUUGGGCUGCCUAUGAAAUGCUAGGCACUAGCGCUAUUAAAUAUUUCUUUUACAAACGUCAGUGAAAUUAACAAUAUGGUGUGAAAUGACAACAAAGAGUGCCUUGGAUAUUUUACCUGCAUUAGUUAAUCCUUGUUUUUGUUUUGCUAUAAGCUCAGAGUUUCAGCUAUAAAAAAAUUACAGGACAUUUUUGUGCACAUAUGGAAUAAGCAGGUCCUUGCAUCAAGCACCUGUACGGUCAUUUUUUUCUGACUUAGCAGAGCAUAGGGGUGGGCACGGUGACACAAAAAUUAUAAAAACUAAACAAAAAAAAACAAAAAACAACAAAAAGAUUAUGUGUAUCUCUGGUAAAUCAUUUAUCUGCCUGACUCAUGUAUAUUGUUAUUUUCAAGAUUACAAUUCUGUUUACUGGCAUGUUACAUGCUAAAAAAGGAGUAGGAGUUUGGUGUGUAGACUUUUGGUUUAGGUGUUUAUGUUCUUCGGUACAUGUGUACCAUACUGAGAGGGUACUCUGACGAGUCGUCUUACCCAACGUAAAGCUCUUAAUUUUCCAGAGUGUUUAUUUUCUUUGAAAAUUAAAAGUUUGCAGGUGUUUUUUUGUAAGUAGCACAGAAUUAUGUUUCUUCAGUGUCAGCCAGGCAGGUGGUGUAGCCAGCAGUCACUUGAAGACCACAGAGUGGGAUUUAGUUGUACGCCAGGCAGAUUUUGGGUGAGGGUUGGGUGAGUUUCGGGGGGAUAAGGGCGGGUGAGGGUGAGGGUAGCGAGGGGGGACUGGGUUUACCAGGCGUCUCUACAAUUCAAAAGUGUAUGUCCUCGUAGCAUUAAUUCUCUUUACCACGUUAGAUCUUAGAAACCCUUAAAUAAUCUGAAACAUAUUCUUAAAUGAAAAUCAAAAGUCAAGAAUUUGAACUCAGUUAUAUAACGUUUCGUUUUUCCAGCAGACUUCCCCUUUCCAAGAGUAAAAUGUUCACAGUUUGUGGUCUUUUAAGUUCACACACUCUAGACCUCAUUGUGGUAGUUGAUUUUUUUGAUCUCCAUCCCCGUCAUUGUUGAUGAUAUAGCACUUGUCACUCUGCCUUGGAGUCUGUAUCUGUCUCUCUAAUCGGAGGUACAGUCGGUUGAGUAUAAAAUGAGGACCAGAUUUCAGAUCUGGGACGACCUACGUGCACUGUUCAAUUUUCCCAGUUUACAGUCGGACACUCAAGGGAAAACUUGCUCUUAUGCUGACAGUUUAGUGUUGUGUCAUUGCUUUCCAUUAAAAACAAAGAAAAGAAAAGAAAAAAAAAAGAUUAAAGAAACUGUUGCCAGCCAUGUCUCCUUCUAAGGUCUAAACAUCAGUUCAGCUCUUGGGAGUAUCAAUGCAGGAACCGCCAUAGAAAUAUCCUGCUUCAUACCAACUAUAGUAAUAUACUGCUCAUUACAGAAAAAAAAUGUAAUUCUACAAAUUUGAUUUAAAAAAGAUAAGUAAAAUGUGUUGUUGAUUUUUUUAAAGUAACACUUCGAUAUCUUUAGUGGGGAACCUUAUUUAAUUUUUUUCUUUAAUUUUUUUUUUCUUGUUGUUUCUCUUUUCCUUCUUGGUGACAUCCAGGAUUGCUAUGUAAUGAACUGAAAUGAACACGUCUCUCAUCUUUUUUGCCUUUACUACACACAAGUCUUCAGGUUGAACAAAAAUUUGCAUUGGGGAGAGAUUUAUGAUAUAUAAAUAUAUAGAGAGAAAUUAAAACACAUAGGAAAAUGCACACUCAUGUAAGUUCCUAUGUUCAAAACACAUUUAUGGUCUACUUUUUUCCUGUAUUUAGAAUGGUAUUUGAAAUUAAUGUUCACUUAGCGUAGGCACUUAUAGUAUUUAUGUUGGAGCCUGUAUUUUUAACUGUUUUGCCUGUACUCUUUAAAGGUUUCAAUGUACCCUUUUUUCUGUAGUGAAAAAAAAAAUCCCAACAAGCUGCCACCGUAUAUUUUCUUAAUUUGGCAGGAUAAUAUAGUGUGAAUAAUUUGUAUGCUUGAAAAUAAGUAUGUUUUUGAAAAAUGAAAUGUGGUGUUCCCCAAGGGUGAGAGGUCAUGUGAUGGCUUUUCUGGCAGUCCCGCUGGAGUGACCACAAUGAGGUAAAAACAGGUGGUUGUACAUAUCUUUUAGUUUGUUUUAUAUAUUUUUUUCUCUCCUGCCAUUUUAUAUGCAGUAAUACAAGCUAUUGUUGGGUUUUCUUGGUAGCCAACUUUUUACUGUCCUUGAUCAUGUACCACCUGAUAACAUUCCAGCUGUUUUUGAAAAAGACGUUUUGUCAUAUGCAAUCAAUCCAAUAUCAAUCUGAAAAAGCUUUUUUUUCUUUCUUUCUUUUGCUACAGUUUGUUUUUAUUUUGUUCUGUUAUUUAGAUUUUUUUUUUCAUUGCCAAAAGAAACAUGGUGCUUUAUAAUUUAAAUAUGGUACAUCUCAUAUGCAAGGCAUAUUCUAAAUAGAACCGAAAUCAUGAAAAGAAAAGUUUGGUACAUGUUAUCGUUGCUGAUGGUAUUGAGGUACAUUUAAGUUCUAAGCCUGUUCUCAUCCUGUGACCUGUAUUUACUCUCCAGCUGUUUGUUCUGAACUGAACUUGAAGUUGGCCUAUGGCAUUGGUCGACAUUAUUUAUUAUGACUACACACACACACACAUGCUCUGUUCGGAACAGAGUCACGGCAAAACCAAUCAGUUCAGUUUCCUCCCUCCUGGUGAAUUGUGAUGACUUAAUUUCUCUGUUUAAUGACCAAAGGUCAUUGACCGACAUUUAUGAGUUGUUGCUCGACUUACAGAUUUAGUUGUUGUUAUGUUUCAGUUACGGAGAUGCCACUCUAUUUUCAGCUGUGUUCUGCAUUAUUCUCUUCACUCAGCCAUUUUGUCUUGGAAAAAAAAUAAAAAGUAAUACAUACA